ACAAAGGCUCGUAGUUGCCAGCAAUGGCGUUCCUCCCACGAAACUACAGCUCCUGACCCGUAAAACUCAAAGCAAAUGGAAAGGUCAGAUAGAUGUCGAUACUAAAUUUAUACAGGUGUCGCACGUCCUAGGACGCGGGCGUAUCACACAUGGAGGGCAGUCGUAUGGCUCCAUCCCUAUCGGAGGCAUAUCGAGCGGAAUUGUUGGAAAGCAUCUCAGGAUACUCAAGACAAGUACCGAGUACUGGAGGUAGUUGUUGUCAAUUUUAGGUGGAUCCCACUUCAUACGCCAUGAGUAUAUAAGAUGGGAGGCUCCCUGCCAGCAGCUUGACUCGUUCACAUUGCCUUCCCGCCAUCAUGGCUAACGCAGGUCCACUGUGGCAAAACUCCCUUUAUAUUGGCAAUAUAUUGAGUACCAUCCUCUAUGGUGUUGAACUAAGCUUAUACUGUCAGACAAUGCGGGCCCUGGGCUGUUCUGCGACGGGGUCUCGGGACUCCCUCUCACACCAUACCGUGAUUAUCUAUCGUUGCUUCAGCAGUCUGUUCCUAUUCCUCGUCAGCAUCUUCGUGCUGGUGGAAGCAAUCUUCGGACAGCAAAUGUGGAUCAUUCACUAUGGAUACGUUGGGGGCAUGGCGCAGCUUUAUGUUGACCAGUCUUCCGUAUGGUACCAGAUUCUGGGCCUGAUGGCCAUAGUUUUGUUGCAACUAAGCAGUGAUGCAUUGCUUAUCUAUCGUCUUUAUCUUCUCUGGAAAAGAAUAUGGGUUCUUGUUCUACCUUGUAUACUAUGGGUGGGAACAGUUGUUUUGGGAGCGCUUUUUUGCUCGUACUGUGCUGCCCAGCAUGGUAACAUAUUUGCCGGAGACGCCGCACUUAUAGCCGUCGCUUACUACGCAGUGGCAAUCGCUCUGAACCUCCUAGUCACGUCGAUGCUAUGUGGCCAGAUGUUGACCAUUGGACGGAAGAGCCGCAGACAAUAUGGCUCUGUUAGUUCGUGGAAAUAUUUCAAUGCCGCAUCGGUGAUCAUCGAGUCUGCUCUGCCAUGCACAGCAGUCGGGAUAGCAUUCCUCGUGACCUUCGCACUCGAUAGCGGGGUUUCUGUGGCGUUCCUUUCUCUAUACGUGAUGUUAACUUGUGUGUCUCCUCAGAUGCUGAUCCUCCAUGCGGCGCAGGGAACUUCUUAUGACCUUGAGCGAAAGUCUAUAGUAGGGGUUUUAACGCCUUCUGCUUCUCCGAUGAGGCCACGGCCGCCGCCUUUGAGCACGUCAAACCUGAGCAGGUCACGGAUGAAAGAAGAUAUAUCGCCUCCCCCUCUGACGCCAAGUUUGUCCCUGAAGCAUGACUUUCCCGCCCAUGCAGAAUUAAUCCCCCCAAACCAUUGCUAUCUAGCUUGAGUGUAUUACGAGUCUAUGUACCACAAGCAACUGCACAAGAACGUCUCAAUGCUGCCAGCAUCCACGUCUAACAUCCAAGAAAACCUUGGAUCUUAAUCAACCGUCGGGUCUUAGGAAUCUGCAAGUACAGUCGACUCCCUUAUAACCCAUACCCAUUCGGGAUAGGCCAUAGGGUAUGGGGUAUGAGAGAGUAUGGGAAUUUGGGAAAUGGAAAAAUGUAUGGGUUAUGAGGGAGUCGACUGUAGUCAAAUUUUCACAUAGGUGACUUCUAUUCAGAGAAUGAACGAGCAGAUCCACAUAGCAAGACAUUUUGCUUUGUCUUACUCUGGCUCCCUCGUUACCUUUUAUAGGGUCUCGGAUUUGCUUGUAAUCGUGUUGCUUGUAAGCGACAUCUAUGACUUCGACGUAACACCGAUAAUAUUGUGUAAAAACCGGU